AUGGCACUUCAAGAUAAACUUGAUAAGUUCAAGAAGCAGCAAGAAAAUAUGCACUCGAUGCUGAGCAGUAUUACGCAGAAACCAGGGCCUUCUAAACCACUAUCAACUUCGAAGUCUGUGCCUUAUUCAGCUACACAGCUAGCAGGUGCUAAGGCUCCGGCUCAACCUGUCAAAUUCUCGAAUGAUACGGAGAGGCUUCAGAUUAUCAAUGGCAUUCGCAAGGGACCCGUGGGAUCUCAGAUCAAGCGUGUUAUAGAGCUUUUGAAAGAUACAAGGCAAGCCUUCACUUCGGAUCAAAUAAAUGAAGCCACUUAUGUGGAUGUGAAAUCCAAUAAGGCUGUCUUUGAGAGUUUGAAGAACAAUCUGAAAGUGAACUAUGAUGGGAGGCACUUCUCCUACAAGGCCAAGCAUGACUUGAAGGACAAGAAUCAACUACUGCAGUUGAUACGGAAAUUUCCAGAGGGAAUUGCUGUCAUUGAUCUCAAGGAUGCAUACCCUACUGUGAUGGAGGACCUACAGGCUCUGAAAGCUGAAGGAAAGAUCUGGCUACUAUCAAACUUUGACUCCCAGGAGGACGUCGCCUAUCCUAAUGAUCCUAGGGUAGUGAUUAAGGUUGAUGACGACCUUAAACAGCUCUUUAGAGGGAUUGAAUUGCCUCGUGACAUGCUCGACAUUGAGAAGGAUCUUCAGAAGAAUGGGAUGAAGCCUGCAACCAACACUGCAAAGAGACGAGCCGCAGCUGAGUUUCAAGGUAUUUCUAGCAAGCCAAAGAUCAAGAAGAAGAAGCAUGAGAUCAGCAAGAGGACUAAGCUCACUAAUGCUCAUCUUCUCCAUCUUUUCCAGGAAAAGCCAGAACUUGAAAACCCUCAUGCUGGCCGAUCCUAG